CGGAGGGGGCUCUUGCCGCCACUGCUCUCUCGCCGCCUCUCCCCCCCGGCGGGAGCCGCUCUCAGCCUCUUUGCACUAGUCGCUCCGCUCUCUCGGUCAUGUGACCUUAACGUAACCGGACAGGAAAAGCCCCGCCGCCGCCGCCGCCGCCGCGCCGGAGACACCGACCGCGGCGGCAGCAGCAGCAGCAGCAGCGAGAGGCAGAGGCGGCGGCGGCGGGGAGAGCACGGCCAAGGCUGCCCAGCGGUGCCUCCUCCACACCCCCCGCCGCUGCAGCACCGGCGACAGAUUUUUAAAAAAAUGGAUUUGGCCAACCAUGGACUUAUUCUCCUGCAACAGUUAAACGCUCAGCGAGAGUUUGGUUUCCUGUGUGACUGCACGGUUGCCAUCGGCGAUGUGUACUUCAAGGCACACAAAUCAGUUCUUGCUUCAUUCUCCAAUUACUUUAAGAUGUUGUUUGUCCAUCAGACCAGUGAAUGUGUCCGUUUGAAACCAACUGACAUACAGCCAGAUAUUUUCAGCUAUCUCUUACAUUUGAUGUACACCGGAAAGAUGGCGCCUCAGCUGAUUGACCCUGUUCGAUUAGAACAGGGGAUCAAGUUUCUACACGCUUACCCUCUGAUCCAGGAAGCCAGCCUGGCCAGCCAAGGAGCCUUUUCUCACCCUGACCAAGUUUUCCCACUGGCUUCGUCCUUGUAUGGCAUUCAGAUUGCAGAUCAUCAAUUGAGACAAGCCACCAAGAUUGCUUCAGCGCCUGAAAAACUUGGGCGAGAACCCCGGCCCCAGACCUCCAGGAUGAGCCAGGAGCAGGUGCCGGAAGCCGCACAGCUCUCUCAGCUGACUUCAAAUGUGACCCAGGUGACUCGGACCCACGUGACUCCCUCGGACCCGCUGCAGACCUCCCUGUCUCCAGAACUCGUUUCCACUCCUGUUCCUCCCCCUCCUCCCGGGGAGGAGACCAAUCUGGAAGCCUCUUCCUCUGAUGAGCAACAGCCUGCGUCCCUCACCAUCGCCCACGUGAAGCCCAGCAUCAUGAAGAGGAAUGGCAGCUUCCCAAAGUACUACGCCUGCCACCUGUGCGGGCGGCGCUUUACCCUCCGGAGCAGUCUGCGGGAACACCUGCAGAUUCACACCGGCGUACCUUUCACAGCCAGCCAACCCGGAGAAGGCCGCGUUCCCCUGUCUCUUUGUAGCAACGCGGCUGACCUAGGAAAAGACGCCAUGGAAGUGCCUGAGGCUGGGAUGAUAAGUGACAGUGAGCUGCAGCACAUCUCAGAUUCUCCAAUCAUCGAUGGACAGCAGCACUCGGAGACGCCGCCGCCCUCAGACAUCGCGGACAUUGACAACUUGGAGCAGGCGGACCAAGAGAGGGAGGUAAAGAGGCGGAAGUAUGAGUGCACAAUAUGUGGACGCAAAUUUAUCCAGAAAAGCCACUGGAGGGAGCACAUGUACAUCCACACCGGGAAGCCUUUCAAAUGCAGCACUUGUGACAAGAGUUUUUGCAGGGCCAACCAGGCUGCCCGGCACGUGUGCCUCAACCAGAGCAUAGACACGUACACCAUGGUGGACAAACAGACCCUGGAACUCUGCACAUUCGAGGAAGGGAGUCAGAUGGACAACAUGUUGGUACAAACCAACAAACCCUACAAAUGCAACUUGUGUGACAAAACGUUCUCCACUCCCAAUGAGGUUGUUAAACACUCAUGCCAAAACCAGAACUCAGACGUCUUUGCCCUAGACGAAGGGCGGUCCAUUCUCCUCGGCAGUGGGGACUCUGAAGUAACAGAACCUGACCACCCUGUGUUAGCUUCCAUCAAAAAGGAACAGGAAACAGUGUUGUUAGACUGAAUGUUACUUACCUUUUUAAAACUGUCAUUUUUACAAAGACUAUCUUCCUUCCCUUCCCCCAAUUCAGAACUAUAGUUCUCCAUGGCAUGAUACAAACAGGUCCCUGGUCCCUUUCUCCCCUCUCCCAUCCUGCUAUCCCCAGCCCCUCCUCCAUAAAGGCUGUGUGCAUUAUAAACCUGGAACAUAUUUACUUUAAUUCAGGGGAUAUUGGAAAGAUAAUGGUCAGUAGUACUUAUAAACUCGAAUAGAUUUUGAGUUUUUGAUUAUUUAAAAGCAUACUUGGAACUAAUGAAGGGUAUAUAACAAAACAGCUACAAUGCAAUUUGGUAAGCUAAAAUUAUGACUUUCCCUGGGUAAUGUCUUCCUUCUGAGAAAAACGAUGUCAGAAAAUACAGCAUGCUUUUUAGAGACAUACAGCUGGGCUCUGUACUAUGCAAAAUCUAGGUGUGGGGGAAUUUUCAACCCAAGAGAACGUUCUUAGUAUUUAUCCUCCAGGUGUCUUAUUUCAGAAUGCAUCCUUUGAGAUUAUGUCCAGUCAAGAAAAAUCAUUAGUUAAGAAAUCUACUUGAACAAAACACAAAAGAGAAAAAGUAAUAAUGUGAUGGCAAUCUUAAUUUUUGGAUAAAACAUGACAAGCUAUGAGUUUGUGUGUUUGUAAGAGAAAAUGUGUGGAUACUUGCUACAAACAGGUGAAGUAAUGCACAUGCCUUAUCUAAUUGCUAGCCUCUUUCAAAGUUGAACGACAACAAAAUACUGUAUUUUUGUUUCUGACAAAUGUAUUGGUUUUAAAAAUCAGAUUUGAAAGUACUAUUUUAUGGACAGUCUUUCUGAAUGGAAAUUAUAUGCCAUUGUAACAGUUGCCAGUGGUAAAUUUGUUUUAACACCAACUUAUUGCUUUUAAAUCAGUGUGUUACUGUAGGAAAAAUGAUAACAGGAAUAUGCAUCUUAUGGGGGAAGUUGUGAGCAGGACACGUAGUAACUUUAAUGACUUUAAAACUUCGUAAUAGUUUACUGGCAACAUUCAUUGAAGCAUCAAAAAUGGCAAAGAAAAAUCAGGACAAAAAAAACAAUUGCUGUUUAUGAAAAAACUUGACUUUGAUAUUUAGUCUUCAAUUUUUUUCCUAACACCUGAAAUUACCUCUUUUGGCCUGAAAGAAGUAAAAUUUAUCCGUUAGUCUUCCUUAGGCCAAUAACAGAAUGGUCUCACAGGACAAAACAAGCCAGAAAUAAGAACUGAAGGGGACAGGGAGGAACAGUUAAUAGCUGUGCUGUACGUAUAUGUUAAAACUGACUAUCCUGCCAUCCUAUUUCAUGUAUAGUUGAGUUCUCAGAUUUGUAAGUUUUUAUACAUACUUUCAUUGAAUAAAGUUUAAUUAAAUGAGUA